CGAGUCUGCGUGCUCGUUCAGGGCCUGCAACGCUUAAGUCUUUAUACAGUAUCCGUGUGUUGCUUAAGUUUUCGAGAUCUGCAGGGUGUAGUGCAAAGAGCGGCAAACCAGGAGGCAGGAGCCCUGGGUUCGGGUGCGGCCAGGGCCAGCGCCAACUUUCUGAGUGACCUCCGACCAGCCUGCCCUGCCGGGUCUCCACGGCGACACCUGGACCGGGAGGGGUUCGCCAGGGACGAUCACCAGAAACGCCAUGCCUGUAUUGCCAAUUUGUAAAUGGAAGAGCUGGAGACCAGUUUAUUCCAGACACGGAAAGCACACAGGAUAGAGCAAAUGGUGGCAAGAUGGCUUCGGCGCUCGCGGGACAGUUCGGCCCGGGCUAAAGUUGCUGCAGCUGCUGGGCCCCCUGGAAUCCCAACCCAGACCCUCAUCCCUGUGAAACACACGGUAACAAUAGACAAAGACGCCCUCCUGCAGGACUAUGGAUUCCACGUUUCCGAGAGCCUUCCCCUCACUGUGGUGGCCGUCACGGCAGGAGGCUGUGCUCAUGGCAAGCUUUUCCCUGGCGAUCAGAUCCUCCAGGUGAACAACGAGCCCGCUGAAGAGCUCUCCUAUGAACAAGUAGUGGAUAUUCUGAGGGAAGCUGAAGAUUCUCUUUCAAUAACAGUUGUUCGCUGCACGUCGGGAGUCCCCAAGUCAUCUUUCCUGACCGAGGAGAAGAGAGCCAGGCUGAAGACCAACCCCGUGAAGGUGCACUUUGCCGAAGAAGUGCUGGUGGGCACGCACAGCCAGGGAAAUUCUCUGCUGUGUAUGCCCAACGUGCUCAAGGUGUACUUGGAGAAUGGACAGACCAAAGCGUUCAAGUUUGAGGCAGACACAACCGUAAAGGACAUCAUCCUCACGGUGAAGGAGAAGCUGUCAAUCCGGAGUACAGAGUACUUUGCGCUGGUCCUGGAAGAGCAGUGCAACGUCUCGCGGCUGCACCUGCUGCACGAGGAGGAGCUCAUCCAGCAGGUGGUAGAAAGGGAGGAAUCACAUGACUGCCGCUGCCUCUUCAGGGUGUGUUUUGUUCCCAAGGACCCUCUGGACCUCCUGAAAGAAGACCCCGUGGCCUUCGAAUACCUCUAUCUGCAGAGCUGCAGCGAUGUGCUCCAGGAGCGCUUUGCGGUGGAAAUGAAAUGCAGCGCUGCGCUCCGCCUCGCGGCCCUGCACAUCCAGGAGCGGAUCUACGCAUGCGCGCAGCCGCAGAAGAUCUCUUUGAAGUACAUAGAGAAAGACUGGGGAAUAGAGAACUUUAUAUCUCCCACUUUACUCCGAAACAUGAAAGGCAAAGACAUCAAGAAAGCCAUAAGCUUCCACAUGAAGCGGAACCAAAACUUGCUGGAACCUCGACAGAAGCAACUUAUUUCUGCUGCCCAGCUACGUUUAAAUUACCUACAGAUCCUUGGGGAACUCAAGAUGUAUGGUGGGAAAAUCUUUAAUGCUACUUUAAUGUUACAGGACAGAGAGUCCUACGUUGGCCUUCUAGUUGGAGCCAAGUAUGGGAUUAGCCAAAUCAUCAACAGCAAACUCAACAUCAUGUCCACGUUGGCAGAGUUUGCCAGCAUCAGCCGUGUCGAGCUGACAGAAGAGUCUGAGAAAGUGAGCAUGGUCAAGGUGUAUCUUCAGGACAUCAAGGUUCUCACUUUGCUGCUGGAAUCCAACAGUGCAAAAGACCUCGCCUGCCUGAUCGCUGGGUACUACAGGCUGUUCGUUGACCCAGUUAACUCUGUUUUCCUCUGGCCAAUGAACAAACAACAGGUGCACCGAGUAUCUGCUGAAGAAGGCUAUGAGUCCAGGGUGUGCAGUGACUCGGAGGAGUCCUCCGAAGUGGACUGCACGCUGGAGCCUCUGCCUGACCAGUGCCUGCCGAAGCUGGGCCCCUGCACACCACUCGCACGAGAGGAGCAGCCUCCGGGGGACAAGCACACGCCCAGCAUGGCCAGGAGAUGCCCGAGCACCUGCGGGGCCAGCAGCAUGACGGACAGCGCCGAGUCUGAGGCGUCCGACUCAGCCAACACCGAGAGCCGGGGCUGCAGAACCAGCGGCUCCAGCGAGUCCAUGGACGCCCUGGAGGAGGAUGACUUGGAUGCCUGCUCCUCCAGCAGGUCCGGCUUCUUCCACUUUGGCUCGCCUGGCUUCCCAGAGAGCGUGAAUGCUGAUGGCCAGGAGGAGAGGGAUGGGACUGAAACCAGUGGCUUCCUCUGUCUCCUGGACCUGGCCCAACGAGCCAGCCCUCAGUCCCGGAAGAUGGAGCUUUCUGAGAGUCCAGCUCCGGGGACAUUCAUCUGGGCACCAGAGCUGAGCGCCAUCAGGCUGGACCCCAGGCUGUAUGAGGGCAGCCAAGCCGACUACUACAGCCUGUGCUCCAGUCUCUCCCCGGCCAGUUACCUGAGCGACAGCUCAGACAGUGCAGCUUCCCGGCAGGGCCAGCCGAGCUGGACUGAGACCCAGCCCCGCUCCACGCUGGAAGCCCUGGCUCCUGCCUAUGAGGAUGGCAGCUCGGAUGAGGAAUACUAUGAUGCAGCUGACAAGCUCACACCCCCAGACACCCUCUCAGGGCCCGGAGCUAUUUCUGCUGCAGAAGCCAGCGCCACAAGCAUGCAGAAUAAGGCUGGCACCUGCAGCCCCGAGGACAGCCUGAAAACCGGGCCCGAGGGGAGAGAGCCAGGCAGAAGGGGAGGGGUGAGAAAGUACGCCAAGACGCUGAGAAAAAGGAGGUCUUUUCUACAGACCGACUACACCUGCCAGGUGUCCUUUCCCCUGGUGCCGUCGGCCUCCCUGGAGGACGUGGACGCCGUGUGCUACUAUGACAGGGAGCCCUACCUGACCCUUGGUGCGCCCUCCCCAACGGUAUCCUCUCUGCAGGACAUGCAGGGUGAGCCCGGCCUCCUGGAGACCAAGGCCCUGGGGCUGCUGGCUCCCUUGAGGGACGCCAAGAGCAAAAACCCGGCCUCCCGGGUCAUGGAGAUGGAGCCUGAGACCAUGGAAACCAAAUCGGUCAUCGACUCUCGGGUGACUUCUAUUUCCGCCGUUCGCCUCCGGAUUGACCCCAGUCAUAAAGAGAAUCCUGGGGGUGCCCCUGUGACUGCCGCUGUUGCUGGUUCCCCGGCAAGCGCUCCGAACUGUUCCGACCCAGGUUCAUCCGGCCCCAACUCUGCUCGGGCAGAGCCUCGCCACACGGUGUCUGCGUUUGAAGACUCGGAGGGCAGUGCCCCCAAGGAACUCUCCACAGAGCCGGAGGACAGCACCUCCUCCCUCUGCAGUGCCGACCCGAACCCAGCCCCCAUCUGCCCGACCGUCAGCCCAGGGCCACAGACCGUCCCCCAAGCCAACACAGUAGAGCUGGGAGGAGUCCAACCGGAAACAGGAUUGGGAUCUUUGUUUACAAAUCAUAGGCAAGAAACUGCCCCCACAUGCACGGACCUUUCGUCGUCUCCUCACGAUGGGCCUGGAAGUGGCGAAUGUGGAAUGAGUUCAGGAGAGAAGAUGGCUUCUUUCCCCAAGAAGGAGGAGCAACAAGGACAGCUGUCCUUGGAACACGUUGAGUUAGCUACAGACAGAAACGGCCCCAACUCAGUUCAUGAUGACUCUGGGAAGGAUUCGCAUGAUGCUGAGGGUGACGUGUCAAAUGCGGUCCCACAGACCACUGGUGUCAGUGCUCCCGAUGGUGGAACGGAAGCCUCCCUCCCCUCGGACACCCCUGUAACAGGGACUGAGCCCGCCCCCCCACACUCCCCGCUGGAACUCCAAGGGCAAAGCAGAGAAACCCCCAGCCAAGCCUGCCAGGCCCAAGCACAAAAAGUACUGGCGGAGCUGGAUUUGGACCCCGAUUUCUUGCUUGAGAACCAGACCAUUCCGUCAGCCUUCCCUCCGGAGGGUGUCAAAGCAGAGCCACUUAGCCAUGUGUCAGGGGAAGAAGACACAGCCUCCCAGGAUACUCAGCAGGUCAGCUUUCACUCAGGGCCUUCUCUGCUAAGCCCCCUACCCUUCCCCCAAGAGGGGUCCCACUUAGAAGAUUCAAACCAAUGUGCACUGUCAGAAAGCAAAGACAAAAGCCCUAGCAUUUGCCCCCCUGAUGAGAAGUCCUUCUUGUGCUUUUCCCCGGAAAGCCAUCCUAAAGUUUCUGCCAGUCUCAGGGUGGCCGCAGCUUUAGGGUUCGUGGGGGUCAAUGAGACAGUGGCCCCCAGGGUUGGGAUGGAGCAGUGCAGCUGCCAGUUCUCCUACGUCACAUGCUUCCGUGGCCUGCAGUCCGAGACAGAGGAAGAAGACAGGGACCCGGAGGCACACCCCACGGUCCCCCUCACCUCACCGCCCUCUGCGGGAAGCCGGCUGGCCCUGCCCUGGAGACCUGCACGGGCCUACAGCUGCAGCUCUGAGCCCCUGGCCAGGAACAGCCAAGUCUGGCCAGAGUACUGCUCCAGGGCUCUGAGGCAGCUGAAAUCGGCCCCCGCCAGCACCCCCGAGGGCUUCAUCCGACUGGCAGAGAGCUUACAGGAAUUACAAGACAUUUUAGAAGCUUCCUGGGGGAAUGGGAACAAACACCCCCCAGAGAAGUGUACUUGGCACUUUUCUGAAAGCCGGAGCCACCUCUGCAUGGGCUCCCAGAAGCUGCUGUCGAGCUGUCAGCAUGUGAUCAGAAUGGACCAGAGCCCCGAGGAGAUGCAGGGUGCCGUGCACAACACCUUCCAGUACCUGGUGCAGCUGGCUGGCCUGUGCAUCCAGCUCACAGACUGCAGCCGCUGCUCUGCCCGGCACAGGGAAGCCGCGGGGAACCUGAGGGAUGUGGUGUACACCUACCAACAGUUUGUGGAGGCCGCCAAGCUGACCUGCGAGAGAGGCUACCACGACCUGAGUGUGAAACUUCUGGCCCGUCAGUGCACAGCCCUCACGGCCGCUGUGUUCUGUCUGACCCAGAAGUUCCGGGCAUCCACCGCCCUGUGAGCAGGCCCGCCGCCCAGGCCCUCUGCCCUGCCCCGGACACUUCCCUGAGGAGCCUCUUUCAUUCCUCCACCCACCCUCUCAAAUGUUUACUAUUUAGAGUAUUUAAAUAAAUUGCUGCUUAAUCUUG